AUGCCCGCAGUCCUGGUCCAGAAUAUGACAUCUUUACCGAAUACACAAGCUCCCAUCAUGGAAAACCCCACCGCUGACAAGAAGCGCAACAAGCUGGGAUACCAUCGCACAUCAGUCGCAUGUGUACACUGCCGACGGCGGAAGAUUCGAUGUCUGGUGGCAGCCGACGACCCCCAGGGUCGAUGCGAAAACUGUAUCCGACUGCGCAAGGAAUGCCAGUUCUUCCCGGUUGACCAGCAGCCUCCCGUGGAGAAGAAGUCCCGGCCAAACUCUAGACUAGAAAGCGCAUCAACAGAUCCUUCGACUACCUCUUCAUCACCUCCCACGAUGGGCGGAGGUGCUGACCACUCCGAGUCAUUCUUUCCUUACCAACCCAUGCCCUUAGACGCGAGCCAGGAUGCGUCGGGGUUCCAUGCCACUUCUUUUCCCGGCAAUCCCAUGUCAUCAUUCGUACCAGGUAGGCGGCGGACGCACUCGCAUAUGUUAACAACAGCUUUGCUGACUGAACCUCGUAUCGAAGGGUCCACAGAUUUCGCAGCAGCACCAACAUUAGACCCGUCAGUUCCGUGGGACGAAUACACGACGAUUUCUGACCCCCAGAUACUGAGCGCAAUGGCUGCAGGGAAGCACCAGAUGAUGAACAUGCCUCCUAACGCAUGGAGUCCGGGACCGAACAAUAUGGUGCCUAUGCCUCCCAACCCCGCAAUGGCAACAACGCCAACGGUCCCGUCCCAGUCGCAGCCGAUCAGCCCCGUACAGGCGUAUGCCAUGCAACCGGACGGCUCAGUUUGGCCGGUGCCCCAACCGACACGCUCAAUGACCUUUCCGGCACAACCGGAGAUGGCUUCGUAUCCGAAUCCGAGCCAAUUCAGUCAGCAAAUGCACACGGAUCUCAAACGCAGAAUGACGAGUCCCGCUCAGGGAUACCCGGGGACGCCUGUCAAUCCUCAGAGCCCCCCGCCUGCCGAGUUACAGGCGACAACGGUGUCCAUGUCAUACCCCGGGCAGCCAGCGGGCAUGGGCUACCCCGGAUGGCAUGAUAUGAACGGUAUGCCGACGAUGAACGUAGUGCAAUAUCCUAUGUAUACGGCGGACCCGACACAGCAGGCAGCAUUUGGAACUCCCCCGGCACAUAUGGGUCAUCCCGGGCAGGGCCCGCCGCCGACUUCAUGA